AUGGCGUCACAAGUAUACGGAGUCGACCAGAAGGGCCGUGUCGUGGUUCCUAUCAAUAGUUUUUCUGAUGGCGAUCCCAGCGUUUGGCCACUGCAUUCAAACUGCAUGGAAACGGACCCUACUGUCUAUCUCGAGAAAUUAGGGACACAAUGGAUGAAGGCAAGAGGCGAGUGCGAGCAAGACACAAUAUAUAUUCUUGACCAGUUGCCAGAAGGGUAUGUCUACUUUGCUCGGCCACGCCAAAGCAGACCUGAAUUGGUUGACAAAUUUCUCUGGGGGCAUCCGUCUGGAAAGUAUUAUUUUUCCCCAAACAGAUUUUGGCCCCAUUUUAUCUAUUUGAUGAAUGGUGGCUCAGAGCCUUGCGAGUGUGAACAUUGUGGCCCUGUCCGAAAGGUUGCGAUCCCCCGUGAACCAUCGAAACCCAUGGCUCGAAAAAGGCGCCCUGUUGGGAUUUCUCGCAACGCGUUGAAUGACCAAAUAGGGUUGACACGUCCACAGCCCAGCAGACCAAAGAGAACCGGAAGAAAAAAAUUCUUGGCCAUAGAUGCUGAAGGGAACCAAGACGUCUUCAAAGAGAUGGUAUAUCGUUUGAAUGCCGAAGGCACGCUGAAUAAACCAAUCUCGGAGGAUUCAAAUAUGGAGUGGAGAGCUGAGAGAAAGCUGAUAAAACAUCAUCUCACCCGCAUGCGAAUGCAGCACUCUUUUUUUCCAAGACUCGGUGAAUUGGUUCUCUGGUUUACGGAGCCAAGCGGCGAGAUUAAAUUCCAUUGGCACACGCAAACAUAUCAGAUCUAUUCGGCGGAGGAGGAGAAAUUUAUGGGAAUUCCCAAAUGGUGUGCUGGUGUGGUUACUCAGGUGCCAGAACAACCACUGAACCUACAUGAUGCUAUCGUUGAGACCGACAAGGAACACGCAGUGAACAUGUCUGGGUUUCGAAUCGAGCUAUUUCCGGAUCCAAAUAGCCCUGACAAAAGCUUAUCGACUCAGUACAAAUAUGUUCCCCUCUGCCAAAUCCGACCUUUGAAUUUUUGGUCGGUCUACCUCCAGGGUAUAGAUCCUGCGAAGUUUCACUGUUCAAUUCCCCAUGCCUUAACAAUCAUGUCUUCAUUUAGCAUGCUUGACAAAUAUCACUUCGAUGGUGUGUGGCCAACUGCAUACAUACUGUGUGAAGGGAUUUAUCUCGGCGCUGAGUUGCUUAUUCGUGGUGACGGGGUUCGACUGAUGCCACUGAAUCAAGCUGGAGAAAUUGAUGUCAAGAGAAAGGUGACCGAUGUCCUGGUAAUUGAUACAAUCGAACUCAAGCUUACGAAGUGUGAUGCAAAUCUUCAAUCUCCUUUCCUGUGUGAAGCAAUGGCGGCACGGUUGAGAGGAAAGGUUUACACAAUGGAUCCAGAACUUGCCUUUGAUCCAAGUACUCCAAUGACAGAAUUCGAGGUUAGCAAAUCGUUCGAAUGCACGGGCAUGCGAGAGUAUGGAUCUUGGUACCCACGGUACGAGCCAGGUCAUGUCGCUGAGGUCUCAUUGAACCGCGUCAUUGGGCGAUGCUUUGAGUCCGAGUACAUGGACGUCAUGUUUGACAAUCCAGCACUUGAUAUUGACAUUGAAGGUGUGACAAAUGGCCGUCUCUAUGGCCGUGAGACGGAUGACCGUAUUGCUCCUGGCAAAGACUGGCUCCUCGCGGACUACCGUCUACAACAACUCGCCCUUGAGUCGCUGAAUGGGAUUGAGCAUAGUAGAUAUGAUGACACAAGAGAUCCAAAGAUGUACAGGGCCAUCAUGAACAUCAUCAACAACGAGGCUGUUGGUGCAGAUCACCGCAAUUCCAAAAUUGUUCGUCAGCUCGGACGGGCCUACGGGGGGCUUAUUGGAAGUAGAUCUGGAUAUACAGCAUUUGACAACGCGGGAAAACAUAGUUCGAUGGUUGCAACAGCGCUUGGUGGCGGGCCAGCAGCUUCCUAUGACAAUGCCGGACUGAUUGAGACCUCUACCAAUACUGGAGUUGAUGAAGCUGAUGACGGAGAUGAAGACAGUUUAAGGGAAAUUGCGGCGUCUACUGAUAGCGGGGAUGACGUUAUUGCUAUACCGGUACCCAAGCGACGGCGUCAAAUGUGA